CACUUGGUGCGGGCCCGCGAGAGUGCGUUAUCCGCGUUGAAACUCACGCUUACGCGCUACGCCGUCUACGCGUGUGUACAACUGGAUACAUAAAGAGAGCUGUAGACUUCGAGGGGAUCUUUCUCACCUUCGGAAAUGGGUAUUGAAGAAACAUCGCACGAGCUAAGACCUCUGUCAGGGGAUCCGCAGCCUAGAGCCAUCAAGAUGGCGCCACAGACUCGAGCUCAGAAGAUGAAGAAGUGCUUCGGUGAAAACCUCCUGACCAUGCUGACUGUGGCGGGUGUAGUCGGGGGAGGUGUUUUGGGAUUCACUUUGCGAGCAUCUAAACCUAUAUGGACGCCCAGAGAAGUUAUGUACGUGCAGUUUAUCGGAGACUUGUUCCUCAACAUGUUGAAAGGUCUGAUCAUCCCAUUGUUGGUGUCAUCCAUCGUUGCUGCCAUCGGUUCACUGGACCUUACUCUCUCCAGUAAGAUCGGCUUCCGAGCCAUCACAUACUAUGUCGCGACCACCACACUGGCGGUCUUCCAGGGUAUUGUACUUGUCAAUGUGAUCAAGCCGGGGAAAAACCAAGGUUCGUCCAACAUUACCAGGACUGGAUCAUCUCGUAAUGUGACUACUGCUGACACUCUUAUGGAUCUUGCAAGAAAUAUGUUCCCACCAAAUCUUCUUCAAGCUGCCACACAUCAGUACAGAACAGUGCUCUCAUAUGAUCCAAGUAAAAAUGAUCAAGUCGACCCAAUUCUGAGGCAAGACAGAUACAACUUGUACUCUUGGAAUAUUGAUCAUGAGUUCACGGAAGGUUCCAACGUGUUGGGACUUGUCGUAUUCUCCGUGAUUCUUGGCAUCGCCAUUGGUCGAAUGGGAGAGCUCGGCAAACCUCUGCUCAAGGUAUUCGAGUCCAUGAGUGAAGCGAUGAUGGUCAUCACAAACUGGGUUAUUUGGAUGUCACCUGUGGGAGUUCUCUUCCUGGUCUCCUCCAAGAUCCUCAGCAUGGAAAGCAUCGGCACUGUUAUCAGUCAGCUUGGACUCUACUUCUUCACCGUUCUGCUGGGUUUGUUCUGCCACGGCUUCAUUGUCAUUCCGCUCAUUUACACCGUCGGUACUCGCAAGUCACCCUUCAAAUUCAUCGCCAACAUGAGUCAAGCCAUCGUUACCGCUUUUGGAACAGCUUCUAGUUCCGCGUCGUUGCCAGUUUCAAUGGCUUGUCUAGAGGAGAAGAAUCACUGUGACGAGCGAGUCUCUCGGUUUGUGAUGCCUAUCGGAGCAACAAUCAACAUGGACGGAACUGCGUUGUAUGAAGCUGUCGCUGCUCUGUUCAUCGCCCAAGUACGCAACGUAGAGUACGGCUUCGGCAACAUAGUCGCUGUCAGCAUCACAGCGACGAUGGCCAGUAUCGGGGCAGCAGGUAUCCCCCAGGCGGGGCUGGUUACCAUGGUGAUGGUCCUGGACACUGUGGGGCUCCCCGCAGAAGACGUCACUCUCAUCAUAGCUGUCGACUGGCUGCUGGAUCGUUUCCGCACAACCAUCAAUGUGCUGGGAGACUCCAUGGGAGCAGGUCUGGUCGCGCAUCUCAGCAAGAAUGAGCUCGAUGCUCUCGGUGAGCCUGAGACCAUCAAGCUGAAGAAGCGAACAUCCUCAGUCGCACAGACACCUGAGGGCUGGAACGCAUCUCCUCUCUAGACUAUCUAUGAAGUAAUUGAGCUAACACAAGAUAGAAUUUGACAGAACAGUAAUUACAUGGACAAGAUAUUUGAUUAAGGUUGGAAUCGUGCGUAGAAUGGAAACAAUUACAUUUUCAUCUCCAUGAUUGAACAGCCUCCGGAUUAACGAUAACUAUCGAAAGUGCUGUAGCUGGUUAUUGACCAUCCCUUAAAACUGCCAGCAACUAGUUUUGGUGAAUUGGAGCUACCUUCAAGCCUGUAAAUGGGCAUUGUAUUUUGUUACUUCUGCUGAUGGCGUCAUAUUUUAAAUACUGUAACAAUAAAGUUGUUCUAUUUCUUAUACAAGAAUAUUAUUCACACAUCUUGCUUGAACAAACUCUAUUUUCAAACUAACUAAUGUUUACAAAAACAUCUGACAACAAACAUAUUUAAACACAUGAUAAAAAGACAGACUUAAUACAACAUCCCGCCUCAAGAUGUCCACAUCUUUAUGAACCUCAGUACCGCCUCGGUUUCUUAAUGGACCUUCCGUAACGGGUUACUGUACCAGCUCCUGGACGAUCACGUGAGUUGCAUGGACGAUUAAGGACCAUGGAUGAACAGUUUGAAAGAAUUCCAUCUCCUCCGUAGUACGGUGCAGGAACUAAGAACUUCCUGUUUCGGCGAAUAGUUCUCUUGUCAGUUUCCACAAGGUAGGAACGUGGUUCGUUCAAUUUCCUGACUACCUUACCGUGUCGACGUAGAUCUGUGAUCCAUACCAUGCUUCCAACUUCUAAUUCACUUAAACCACUCGCUCCAUGUCGUUUAUCAAAUUGUAUCUUGUACUUAUUCUGGUACUUAUUCUCCCUCUCAAGAAAAUUCUUAUUUUCCACAGGAUUUCCAACCAAAGUAGAUGGAAGAUUGUCUCUUAAUUUCCUUCCAAACAUAAGUUCAGAUGGGGAAAAGCCGGUUUCAAGAGGUGAGGUCCGGUAAGAAAGUAGGGCAAGUUCAAAUUUAUCCUUGUUUUUCUUCAUUAGCCCUUUUGCUACUUUCACAGCUGCUUCAGCUGCCCCAUUUCCCUGAUGGUGGUGGGGACUACUUCUGAAUGUGGAGAACCCCCACUCCUUUGCAAACAAUUUAAAUUCACUUGAGUCAAUAUGGUGAAAUUGUGUCCCACUAUCUGAAUAAACACGUUGAGGAAUUCCAAAACGUGAAAAUGUGGUUUUGCAAACCCGAAUCACAUCUGAAGCCCUCAUUCGAUGCAUUUCCUCGACUUCAAAGUAUCUUGAGUAGUGAUCCACGAUAACCAUAUACCACUUGUCUUCGUGUUUGAACAAGUCAACAGACACAUUUUGCCACGGGUAAUCCGGGACAGUUCUCGGAAUCAAUGGUUCACUGUGAUUAGUUGAGUUCUGAAUACACACUGGACACGAUUUGAUUUUCCUUUCUAUUUCUUGAGAAAUUCCAGGCCACCACAUGGUUCCCAAAGCACGUUUCCUUGUUUUUGUGAUUCCCAAGUGUCCACUGUGAAGCCUCUCGAGCAUUUCCGCUCGUAGUUCUUGAGGUAUUAUCAUCCGAGUUCCUCGAAGCAAUAGCCCAUCAAUACAACUUAACUCGUCUUUCACAUUAAAGUACUCUUGAAUCUCAUUAGGUAAACUUGAUUUUACAGGCCAUUCGUCUAAAAUUUGUAACUUAAGUUGUGCACAGAUUGGAUCUCUCAUUUGUGAGUGAAGUACCUUUGUCACAUUUUCAUCUGUAGUGUUUAUACUAAUCAGACUGAUUUCGUGGACGAAGGCUUCCACUUCUUCGGUCAAUUCACCAUCUUCGUCAGCCGGAAUAGGACUUCUUGAUAGUAGAUCUGCUAUGGCAAGGUCUUUUCCUGGGGUCCAGGUCAUGCGAUAAUCGUAUCUCAUCAUACGCAUUCGGAACCGCUGUAGCCUCGGUGAGAGCUCGUCCAAAUUUUGUGUUUUGAAAAUUGAGACAAGCGGUUUGUGGUCGGUCUCAAUUGUGUACAUUUUACCCAUCAGGAAACAUUUCAAACGGUCACUUGCCCAUGUGCACGCAAGCGCUUCUCUCUCAAUGUUACUGUAGUUUUCUUCAGCAGGCGUUAGAGUCCGAGAUAUAUAUGCCACAGGUUUCUUGUUUUCUCCUUCAACUUGAAGUAAAACCGCUCCAAGACCUUUUUUUGAAGCAUCGCAAGAAAGAAUCGAGGGUUUUUGCGGAUCGUAAACAGUCAAACAUGGCUCUGAUGAUAAAAUCUGUUUUACUGUGACAAAAGCGUUUUCUUGAGCUGGUCCCCAAAGGAAAUCGUUUUUAGUCUUUAACAAGCUCGUAAUUGGCUCCAAAAUCUCACUGCGGUUCGGAAUAAAUUUUGCCAGAAAAGUGAUCAUGCCCAUGAAUCUUUGUACUUCAUUAGCGUUUCUUGGAGCUGGUAAGUCCACAAUCGCUUGUACCUUGCUUGGAUCAGGCUUGAUUCCGUCCUUAGACAGCACAAACCCCAGAAAUGUCACAGUCUUCUUGCAGAACUCCGACUUCUGCUUAUUCAAGGUGAUUCCAUUAGCUUGCACUCUCUCUAGAACGGCCCUAAGACACUCGUCGUGUUCUUCUUUCGUUCUUCCCCAUAUCAGACAGUCGUCAAUGUGCACUAAACAGUUCUUUGCCCCUUCUAAAGCUUUUGACAUGCGGCGCUGAAACUCUUCAGGAGCGGACGUAAUUCCAAAAGGUAACUUACGGAAUUUAUACCUCCCAAAAGGGGUGAUAAAUGUUGUGUAAUCUUGUGACUCCUCUGCAAGGUUCAGUUGCCAGAACCCGGAAUUCGCAUCGAUCUUGCUGAAGUACUUGGCUCCCGCGAUCUCGGCCAAUGAAAGUUCAAUCUUUGGGAUAGGAUAAAACCGACGUUUCACACUGUUGUUGAGUUUGGAUAGGUCUACGCAGAUCCUAACCCCACCUCCCUUUUUUGCGCAAACUACCAUUGGUGCGCACCAAUCAGUCGCGUGUUCAACUGGAACAAUCACUCCUUUCUCAAGCAUAUCGUCUAACUGCUCUUUCACCUUGGUUUUUAAAGGUAUUGGUACAACCCUGGGGGUGGAUAUAGCGUAAGGAACUGCAUUCUCCUUCAUUUCAAUCUUGUACUCUCCUUUCAUAUUUCCCAGCCCUUGAAAUAAAUUAGAAUACUUAGUAGCCCAGUCAAUAUCAUGUGAAUCUACAGAAAAAAUUCUCCUCACCAGGUUCAGCUCUUCACAGGAACGUCUGCUAAGAAGUGGAACAGUGAUCUCCUCAGAAAUAUACGCAAGAUCAUAAACUGAUACACCCUUAUGUUCAAGCUUUAGCCUUAAAGUUCCCAAAAUAUUGAUUCGUUCUUUCUUCUUUGCGCUAAACACAGGGGAUUUGCACUUUCCUAGAGGCAGAGUCUUAAUAAAAUCACCAAGAACUCCUACUGGAAUCAUGGUUACAUCAGCUGCUGUGUCAAGUUUAAAUUUUAUAAGACCUAAAUCUUGGUUUCCACAGCUUGCUUUUACCUCCUGGACCCAGGCUUUGUCACUGCUGUCUAUAUUCCCUAUGAAAAUCUCAGGAACCUGUUGAUAACCACUGUCUGAAUCUUGCUGUUCGAUUUCCUUAACAACGUUUUUGUUUUUUCUCAUCCACUUUUCGCGGGAGGGACAACAUCGAAAAAAAUGUCCAAUCUCGGAACAUUUGUCACAUUUGGCUUUCCUAGCAGGGCAUUCGGCCAGUGAUCCAUGCCAGUUAUAACCACAUUUCCUGCACUUUUUUCUCAUAGCAUCCUCGGUGAAUUUCUGUUCACCAGCUCUUUCAGACAGAUUUGUUUUACCGACUUGUAUUGACGUUUGAUUCACCAUAAAAACAUUAGUAUUGGCGAGCUCACGUUUUUGGCGUUCUAGCUCCUCGUGUUGGCGCAAGGUAUUAAUCGCCUUCUCCAGAGUCAAUUGAGAGUCCAGCUGGAGUCUAUCACUUAGAGCCUCAUCUUUCAUACCAAUAAUGAGGACCAGAAGCACCAUCUCAUCGUUCAGUUCACCCCAUGCACACGUUUUUGCAAGACCAUGCAAAUCUGUUAUGAAUUUUUCAGAUGGAUCACUCCCUUGCUUGUGUCUCAGAAAUUUUGUUCUCUCAUAAAUGAUAUUUCGUCUUGGCACAAAGUAUGCAUCAAAGGCCCGAAGAGCCUCGUCAUAAGUAUUCGGUUUUGGUGAAAACGAAUCGAAAAUAUCUUCACUCCUACUACCCAUUGUAAACAAAAGUACAUCGAUUUGCCGAGCGUCGGAAGUGCUAUCUAGACCGCACCCCCGUCUGUACCUUUGAAAGCGAUUCCUCCAGGAAUGCCACUCAUUCGGAGUAAAAGAGAAGGUAUCUGGAGUUGGUAACGUCAGAUUUAUCAUAGGAGUAGGAGUAUUUUCUCGGUUUGUCUGUCCCAAUGCAAAACCUAGUGACUCACCUUCAGUCUUUCUAGAAUCCCUUUCUGACAUGUAGUUGAAUUCACUUUGGGCAUCCUCCUCAUUGUCCUCAUACCUUUGCCUACGAGUAUUUCGUUUUUUUCUGCCCUUACUUGACAUCAUGCGUGGUUUUAGACUUUGUUCGAUAAAAAAUCCACUAAGCUGCCACCAUGUUCUAUUUCUUAUACAAGAAUAUUAUUCACACAUCUUGCUUGAACAAACUCUAUUUUCAAACUAACUAAUGUUUACAAAAACAUCUGACAACAAACAUAUUUAAACACAUGAUAAAAAGACAGACUUAAUACAACAAAAGUGCAUUUGUGUGUGGUCUUCAGCAGAAGAUGACAAAAAAUUAUGAUAAUAUACAGCCUGAAGAUAGCCCAAUUCGGGGCCAAAGCUAUUUCCUCAAUGCAAUUAUAGCAGGUAAAUUACCCCUUUCAGAAUUAGAUGGUUGCUUUAAUAAUAUCAUUUUGGGUUUGGAUAUCAUGGAUUUUAGUCAAUUAUUGUGGGAUAUUUAAUUGUUUGCCAUAAGAAAUACCCCCACAUAUACUAAAGGAUCAUUGUAUUGGUAUUUCCUUCCCGGAUAAAAAAUCCAAAGGGCUUGAUUAAAUGGGCUGUCAGUUUUGAGAUUGAAAUCACGUUCAAAUUUUUUUAUCAAAUUUGUAGACUAAUUGUAUUAAAAAAAAAAAAACUGAAAACUAAAAAGUUAAGAGGUCUAGCUAAAAUAUCCGUAUGAUUUUUUUAUUGAUUAGACAUAUUUAAUUUAUCAAAUUCAAAAUGAACAUCAGAAUUACAUACCCUUAAUAUCGAAAUGUAUUUUUUAAACAUUGACGUCUGGUAAAGAAAUGAGAAAACAUAUUGAAUAAAUUAAGAAAAAAUGCAUUGAUUUGCUUCAGGUGUUGAUACAAUUGUAUUGCAUUGUGAUGUCAUGUGUUUAAGACAGAGAACUUACAUUAAAAUGUUGAUUAUAAAAUGUAGUUUUUGUUAUAGUCUCUAAUAAUGAGUAAUGAAUUGUUUAUGGAUUUUUAAGUAGUUAUUACAUUAAACUAAACUGGCUAAAGCCAGUUUUUUUUAUCAAUGAAAUCAUAGUUAAUGAAUACUUAUUCAAGUUCUGUUUCAGUUUUCUGUGUAGUUUACGAACAUUACACUCAUUUUUUUGUUUUUGUAUAUUGCAAUAUGUGUUAAACUGAAGCUUUGAAAUAGUUAUUCUAUAAUAUUGUAAAUAAGUAUAAGGCUAGUUGAUAUUACCAGCUACUAGGUAGGCUAAAUUAACAAUUAGUUUAGUCUUGAUUGAGAUUUAUGAAGUCAGUUCAUAUGUAAAAUGAGGUUUUCAGACACCAUGAAAUUCCAUACACUUGUCAAUAUCAGUUUGUUUAAAUUUUUUCCAUUGUGUUCAAUUUACAUUACAGUAAUUCACAAUUCACGAUACAAAUGUUAACUUAAGAUUGCUCCUGUUAUUUUUAGUACAAAUAGUGUUUGUAAACAAAAUUAUACCUUAAUUUAAAAUUAGGUAAGUACAUUAGAUCCCCAAUAUUAUAAUCCUUGAUAGAAAAUAUUUAGCAAAUUGCUGAAAUUCUCUUGUUGAAUUUGCAACAAUAUAUGCUUCUAGAGUAAAAUACCUCAAUAAGAAGAGCUUUAGAACUCAUAGUUGUACGAGUCUGGCUAACAAGGUUCUACCGUAAUUGUUGUAAAAUGUUUGGGUAGAUUUCAAUUAGUUUAAAGUAUGGUAGUGUAGUUUAGUGAUAUUUUUUAUAAGGACUUAAGUUCCGUAGUGAUUUUUAUUUGAUAUAGUUCAGCAUCACCUUUUUUAUUUACUUUAAAUAAGUAAUAAUUUAUUGUAUUCCCUUUAGAAAAAAUCUUAUCUGUUCUUAUUACUUUUUAUUUUAGUUCUUUGUACAAAUUAGCUUACGGUUGCAUUGAAGUAGUACAUUAGCUUUAGCUAAAAUGUGAUUUGAUGUAAAUAAGAUUUAAUAUUGGCUUGUGAAGCCAUAGUAAAAGAAGUUUGCUGGUUUUUAGCUUUACGUUUUAUGUCAAGUCUUUAAGACAAUAAACAAUUUAGUUUUAAUGGAAUGUUUAGAUGUAGGUUUAAGCUUUAGAAAAUAUACUUUUCUUAUACAGUAGAACCCCUCAUAUCAGGGGACCGUGCCCUUGGUGGGAUAACGAUCUGAUUGUAUAAACCAUACUAUUAUAAAAAUGAAUAUUUAUUUUUUUAGAUAAUAUCAAUUUCUGUACAACCAACAGAACAUUUAUUCAUAAAUUAUUGUGGUUAAGUAAGUAACAUAAAAAUAUUAAGAUUUCAUAUAACAAAAACUAAUAUUUAAUAAUGGAGGUAAAAAUUACUUGAAAAAUCAUUGGAGCCUUAACUAGUAGCCUGGGUAAUUUUAUGAUUAACUUUCUUAUUCAUUGUUUUUUUACGAAAUAAAACAAUUACAAUGCUGAACGAACCACACUGGAAAUAAUCGACAAACUGUUUAGAGUUUAGGCCUACUAGCUCAACUGAGCAGUGACACAGUAAAAUGUAAAAAAUAUAUUUAAAAAAAAAACAGAAAAAUCGUGAGAAUGUUUUAAGCCUUGAAGACCAAGUGCUUACAGUGCAACUACUAUUAUAUGAGCCGAGAAAAAAAUAUUUUUGAUGUUAUGGCUUCCAAGUAGAACAGAUAAACCGAGGCCAUAUAUCGGGGUUCUACUGUACUAGUAAAGAGACUUUAUGCUUAUCCCAAGAAUUAAAAUGUAAUGAAAUACUGUACAUAGUAUAAAGAUUAAAUAUUUUAACCUCUCAAACUGCACACAUUUCUGACAUGAAAUUUACAAAUUAGUACAUACAGAGCAGUACUUAUAUUAAUUUGUUCACAAUAUGACAAUCUAAUUCACAGUAGUUGUAGGUAUUAGUGGUUUGAGCUUUUAUUCUCUUAGCAUUGUAUAUAUUUGAUCUUAACUAUUUUUAUAACCUUUUCAGUUGAAAAUAUUGACAAUCUUGUCAAUGAAAAUAUGAAAUACCUACAGUGCCAUUUAAGGAAAAAACAAUAAAAUAUAUUCUAAACCAAUAGAAUUAAAGGACAACGUAAACUCAAUCAAUUAUUAUUAGAGUGAAAGACAAAACAACUCAGAUUUGUCAAUUAUAAAUAAAAUAGCAAACGUGAGAUGAAAUAUUCCGACAGCAAUUUAUUUUUGUGUAUCACAUUAGGAUUACGGGUAUAUUAGCCUAUAAUAAUGCAUCUUAUUAAACCUGCUAAAAUAUUUAACCUUAGUAUUAAAAUAAGUUUUAAACGUAGUAAAAUUAAAUUUGUACUAGUCACAAAUUUACAAAACAAGAGUGUUCAAGAGUUUUAGUUUUAAAGUAGAGAAAUUUGUUGUUUUCUAAAAACAAAUGUAUAAAAUACAUUGUGCAUUUACUGUUUUAAUAAAUAACUAAUCGCUUA